AUGAAUUCUUCAAAAACAAUUGCUACAGUCAUCAGUGUAACAGCAUUGAUUAUUUUAUUUGUAAGCCCAUUACAAUCAAUGCCAAUACAUGACAAACGAUGGACAUUCAAUACUUGGCAAUUGCAUGGUCCUCGAUAUACACCUCAUACAUCAACAAAUCCGACAACUGAAGCAUAUUCUUCAACAGUAUCAACUAAUAUCAAUCCACAUGAUCAACUUCUUAAUUUUGAUUUUGAACAUAAUGAUCCAUUGAAAAUGCUUAUAAAAUUUAUGCGAGUUUUAGAAAUGUUAGAGCGUGAACAAAAAGAAAAAAGCAAUGGUAAUAAACAAUCUUAA